AUGCCGGCCGCACAAAAUCUCCCAGAUAACAUUGACGAACUUCUUGCUAUUGUUCAGACAAGCAAUGACGAGCAAUCCAGAAAAGCCUUAUUCGCAACGCUUCGAACGAUUCCUUCCCUAAUGUUAGCUUCACCAACGGCAGAUGAGCAAGAUCCGCUUGACCUUCUGGAUCCAGCAGAUAAUACUCUAGCAUACGCGUAUAUUCUAGUUGCCCGGUGCUAUGGAGAUCGGUUAGAAGUUUCGCGUAUGCUGCAUUACAUUCUCAAGUUUCUUAAUUCGUUUGAUCCGGAAGAAGCACGACACGCACCAGAGAAACUCGCUCAGGUUGCUCAGGCGCUAUCAAGGAUAGCGACUAGUGUAGGAAAGAGUCUCAUAACAGUGAAACCAUUAGAAAUAGCAAUUACUAGAUUUGCUCCUAGUCCCAAGCAUCUAACAAACAUCCAUCAGAUGUUUAUAAAGGAAUGUCUUCUGUCGAAAUGCUAUAAAGCAGCAUUACCAAUUUUGGACAAUGAUAUCACAGAGAUUGAUGUUCAUGAAAUGGGAAUUCAUUACACUGAUCAUCUUCUUUAUCAUUAUUACGGCGGAAUGAUAUACAUUGGGUUAAAGAAAUUUGAGCGAGCACUGGACUUUUUCAAGUUGGUAAUCUCUGCUCCCGCUAAUUUAUCGAGCAUGAUUCAAAUCGAAGCUUAUAAGAAAUUUGUAUUAGUUUCUCUCUUGUUACACGGGAAGAUUGCGACUCUUCCGAAAUACACGGCACAAGCUGUAUUUCGCUCAGUCAAAAACUUCUGUCAAUCAUACACAGAUUUUGCCAACGCAUUUGAGGGCUUGAAAGUCAAGCGAGUGCGAUCGGAAUUUUUAAAGUGCUGUGAUGCAUUCAAGAAGGACAAGAACUUCGGGCUUGCAAAACAAACCCUGGAUGCAUUAUAUCGAAGAAACAUUCAACAGCUAACACAAACAUAUUUGACAUUGUCUCUGGUUGACAUUGCAGAUGCAGUUGGUCUUGAAGGGCCGGAUGCUGCCAAACAAGCAGAAAAAUAUGUGUUGAAAAUGAUUGAAUCCAAGGAAAUUUUCGCCACCAUUAGCCAUACUCACCAGAAUGGCAUGGUGUCUUUCCAUGACAACCCAGAUAAAUUUGAUGCGCAGGAAACUAUCGCCCAGUUGGAACAACAAAUUGUAAACGCAGCUAGUGUAAACGAACGCGUCAUAAGAACGGACAGAAUGAUCGGUUGUAGUAAAGAGUAUCUUAGUAGAAACCAGCAUCCGAGUGCUAGUGGAGUUGGAUCUGGACUUGGUACUGUAGACGAUACUGAAUUAUUAUCGGGCUUUGAUUCGUUGGCUGAUGAAGGACGAUAUUUUGCAUAG